AUGGCCAUCGGUACCAGUUUUGUGAUCACCAAAAAGGUUGGUGUGCCCAUCCUCCAGAAACGGACGCUUCGAUUCCGAGGCUUGAUGCACGCCUCCGAACGACAUGGAUUUGAGGGCGAAGGUUUCUCAUAUUUGAAGAGUCCUGUGUGGUGGGGUGGUAUAGUGACACUCGCUCUUGGCGAAGUCGCAAAUUUCGCUGCCUACGCUUUUGCGCCUGCCAUCCUGGUGACGCCCUUGGGUGCGCUGAGUGUUCUCAUCGGUGCGGUCUUGAGUUCGUACUUCCUCAACGAGAUACUUGGUGUAUUAGGAAAAUUAGGCUGUGCGCUGUGCUUGCUGGGAUCGGUCGUCAUCGUUCUCCAUGCGCCUCCAGACAAGCAGGUGGAGACCGUCGAUGAGAUUCUUGGAUAUGCGGUCCAGCCAGGGUUCCUUCUCUACUGUGUCGCAGUUGCGAUCUUCUCGACUCUGAUGAUCUACCGGGUUGCGCCGGUCUAUGGCAAGAAGAAUCCGCUCGUCUACAUCUCGAUUUGCUCCACUGUUGGAUCGGUUUCGGUCAUGUCAGUCAAGGCCUUUGGAAUUGCAGUGAAAUUGACCAUUGGCGGCAACAACCAAUUUGUCCACGCGUCCACCUACGUCUUUGCCAUUGUGACCGGAUUCUGUAUUCUGACGCAGAUGAACUACUUCAACAAGGCAUUGAACUCUUUCUCGACUUCGAUCGUGAACCCACUUUACUAUGUCACCUUCACAACCGCGACUCUCUGUGCCUCAUUUAUUCUCUUCAAGGGAUUCAACACCACCGACGCCGUCAACACCAUAUCUUUACUCUGUGGAUUCCUCAUCAUCUUCACCGGCGUGUACCUCCUGAAUCUCUCGCGACAUGACCCGGAUGGACACAGCAUGGUGAAUUCAAAACUUGACGAGGACGGAGUGCCAACAGACGGUAUGACGAGUUUCCAGACCCGUCGCUCAAUGCAGUCCCGCCGAAGCGACUCGAGUGCAUAUUUCAAUGGCACCAGCGACCGCGAAGGCCUCAUACACGCAUACGAUGUGGAGAACGGGAUCGGCAUGAACAACUUGACCUCAGAAAGUAAUGGGGAGCCAGGCCCGACUUUCCCGCGGACGGAAACGCAGACUGCACUGCACACGAAGCGGAACAGUCAGCUCUGA